GAGUUGGGGUGCAGGACCACGCACUGCAACCUGGAGGUGGUGCAGAGGAGCACCCUGGUCUUCCUGGCCAUCAAACCCCACGUGCUGCCGGGUGUCCUGGAGGAGAUCCGUCCUGCCGUGGGCACCCACCACAUCGUGGUCUCCCUGGUGGCUGGAGUCACCAUCCAGACACUGCAGAGGCUCCUCCCUCCCUGGACCAAAGUGCUGCGGAUCAUGCCCAACCUGCCGUGCGUGGUGCAGGCCGGGGCCAUGGUCUUCUCCCGGGGCAGCAGCGCCGGCGACAAAGAAUCCGCCCUCCUGCAGAACCUGCUGUCGUCCUGCGGGCUCUGCGAGGAGGUCCCCGAGUCCUACAUCGACAUCCACACCGGCCUCAGCGGCAGCGGCGUGGCCUAUGUGUACCUGUUCGCCGAAGCCUUGGCCGAGGGCGCGGUGAAGAUGGGGAUGCCGGCCUUGGCCGGCAGGAUCGCGGCACAGACGCUGCUGGGCGCUGCCAAGAUGCUGCUGGAGACCGGGGAGCACCCGGCCAAGCUGCGGGGCGACGUCUGCACCCCCGGGGGCACCACCAUCUACGCGCUGCACCAGCUGGAGAAGGGCGCGCUCCGGGCCACCGUCAUGAGCGCCGUGGAGGCGGCCACCAACCGCGCCUGCGACAUGGCCAAGCACUGACGGCGCCCUGGAGGGACCAAAAUCCAUCUCCUGUUUUCCAGGAGAUCCCAAUGCCCUCAGGAAUGGAGUGU